GGGCGUGGUUGUAAGCAACAAACAUGGCGGCUCCCGUGUCUGUGGUGGACGAUGCGGAAGUUUACUCCUUUUUGCCGCUCAUACACGAUAUUAUCAAAUGCAUGGACAAAGACAACCAGGAUGUACACCAGGAGCUAAAUAAGUUGAGGACGCGGAUCCAGGACACGCGGGAACAGAUCUUGGCCAUGUCCGGCAUCGACUUGAGCUCUGAGGUGCAGCAGCACAAACUCCGCACCCUGAGAGAACAAGUCCGUACCAAGAACCAGCUGUUACAGAAAUACAAGGGCUUGUGCAUGUUCGACAUCCCCAAACCCUCCUGAUGUCCACAGGAAGCAUUAAAGAACUUUCGGACUCUUGUUUAAACGUCUUUAAAAGCAGACGUGUUGUGGAUCCUGCUCUGAAAUGUUGGUCUAUAUAAGGACACUUUUUUUUUCUUCUUUACAAUCACUUUUGCAUAAAUCAGCAUACCCGUGUUAACCUGUGCUUUUAUUUUGCAUAAAUAAACUCAAGUGUUUAGUCUGUACAUUUAACUAUCUGCCAUCAGUAUGUCCAUCUGUCAACAUACAGAUGUAUGCUGAUGGCACAGUUCUUUUAUCUCAUCUCAUUAUCUCUAGCCGCUUUAUCCUGUUCUACAGGGUCGCAGGCAAGCUGGAGCCUAUCCCAGCUGACUACGGGUGAAAGGCGGGGUACACCCUGGACAAGUCGCCAGGUUAUCACAGGGCUGACAACAGUUCUUUAUGUACAUGCAAAAAACAAACAAGCUGCAAGCAAGUUAACUGCAGCCUUGGUCCAUGUUUCUGAGUGGUUAAGAAACUCAUGCUUACAUUUAAACAUAAAACAGUUUGUAUGUUCUUUUUACAGAAACAUGUUAAGAGACAUCAACCUGAUGUUUUAAUUAAUGGAGAAAAGCUCAUGGUUGUAUGAGCUUUUCUCAUACAACCAUAUCUUGGUUUUGUUUUAAAUAUCUUGGAAUCAUUUUAGACUCUAACCUAACGUUCAAAAAACAUGUUAAAAAGGUGAUCAACACCAUUAAAUUCAACCUGGCAAAUUUUAGACACAUGCGACCAUAUUUAACAAUAGAGGCAGCUAACCUCUUUAUGCAUGCCAUGAUCUUUUCUUACAUUUCAUAUUGUUUCACAAGUUGGUCUCAAGCUAAUAAGACAACUUUGAAGCCAAUAGAGGUCCUAUAUAAGCAAACUAAAUCAGCAUACCUGUGUUAACCUGUGCUUUUAUUUUGCAUAAAUAAACUCAAUUGUUUUGUCUGUA